GGAGACCGAGACACACACAGAGCGAGAGAGAGAGAGAGAGAGAGAGAGAGAGACUUGAACCAUGGAAUUUGCGAAAGAUUAUUUCUCAUCAUCUGCAUCAUCGAUAAUGAGAUCAGUCUCCUCUGUUGGUUCGGAGAUGUCCAGGAGAGUUUGGGCUCUCUCCCUUCCUCAAAGACCGUUCCGUGUGUGUAACCAUGACAGAAGUUUGCGGACUGGCGUAAUCGCUGGUAGCUUAAAUGAGCUGAUUAGUAAGGCGUCUGACUCGCUCUCAGUCUCUGCCCCGUUCUGUCUGGCUUUGGAUGAAGACGGGACGAUGGUCGACAGUGAAGAGUUUUUCUCUCACCUCGAAGACAACACAACAUUUAUAAUACUGCAGAAAGGCCAGCGAUGGACCUUUCCUCAGGAGGGGGCUGUCUCGCAAACCCUCGGCCGCAGAUCGAAUCGCAGCAAAGACAUCGCGAGGAUCACCUUCGACGUUUACAAGUUAAAUCCCAAAGAUUUGUUCGGUUCCCUCAACGUCAAAGCCACGUUCUACGGCAUUUAUUCGAUGACGGUCGAUAUCAAGUGUCUGGGACCGAAGAAGGUGCUGAGGGAGAUGCUGAGGGUGGUAUCGGUUGUGAUGCAGACCGUGGGAUGUGUUUUGCUGUCGACGUCCACCAUUAUCAGGCGAAUUGUGGAGGGGAACGAACUGAGACAUCGCAUGGAGGAGUGACCAGAACCUUCUCUCUCUCUCCCCACUACCCCAUUCCCCUACUCUCUCUCUCUCCUCUA